AUGGAUUCGCAGCAUAUUUCCAUAUUUCGCCAUUUACCGCUGAUGGAAAAGUCUCAUGGACCCAAGAGCCACUGUGUGACGUGGGGCAGUAACCACUACCUAACAUUCGAUAAAGUUCAGUAUACAUUCUCUGGGCAGUGCAGCUAUCAGUUUGCAUCCGACUGUUCCCCCUCUGCAACCUUUGAUAUCUAUACACAAAAGGUUCAAGUGGACGAUGACUACAGAGUAUAUUUUACCGUCAUUAUUGACGAUCUGUUGAUUAAAGUGGAAGAUGAAGGGAUCACUGUUGAUGGAAACCAAAUAGCUUUUCCAUACACCAAGAAGGGUGUCGAUAUCGAUGACGCGUGUGAAAAUCUAAAAAUAAAAUCAAAAAUUGGUCUGAUAACAUGGAACUGGGGAGAUGACUUCAAGAUAGAACUCAGUGACACGUACAGAGGAAAGACCUGUGGACUAUGUGGCAAUAGCGACGGCAAUACCUCAAAUGAUCUUGUUUGGCAAGGGCAUAGUGUCUCUCCAGUCCUUUUUGGCAAUGUUCACAAGGUCAGUGGACCUGCGGAUGAUUGCUCAGAUGUCUCAGAAUUUGACAGUAAAGAGACUGAACAGGAAACAUGUAAGCAACAGAGGCUUGAAUGUGAAAAUCUCCUUUCAAGAAUGGGUAACUGCAAAGAUCUGUUGGAUUCAUACCCAGAUUAUCUCCAGACGUGCAAGGAAGACCUGUGCAAUUGUGAAUCUCUAAACAAGACAUCAUGCAUUUGCAGCACAUUGAACCAGUUCUCCAAAGAAUGUGUCCUUGCUGAAUCAGAAAAAUGCAAUGAGAGAAAGGACAACAGGAAUCCUGUCCAAUGGUCAGAUAUGACAUUCCAGAUAAAGCCAGAUAAAGCUGACAGAACUGUUCUGGAUGAUAUCCAUCACCGUAAACAGUGUGUGAAAUUGAGGAAUUGUCCUUGUGUUCAUGGUGCGAAGAUAUUUAAACCCAAUGAAAACUAUGCCACUGCCUGCCACGACUGCACUUGCAAGUUUGGUCAUUGGUCCUGCACACAAUUUGCUUGCUCUGCCAACUGCACUCUGAGAGGAGGAUCACAUAUCAGUACCUUUGAUGCAAGGGAGUUUACAUUCCAUGGAAACUGCAUGUAUUUAAUGUCCAAGGAUACUGAGAAAACAUUUGCUGUAACUGCCAAAAUUGUCCAGUGUGGGGUAUCUGAAUCUGUCACCUGCUUGAAUGCUGUCCAUAUCACCAUAGGGAAGGUGAAUAUAAAAAUCUGUUAUUGUGGCAAUGUAUAUCUCAACAAUUUUAUAACUCUGCUGCCCAAAUAUAAAGAUGGUGUCACCCUCUUCAAACCUACUUCUCAUGCUGUCAAUGUGAUAACGCCCUUUGGCAUGACCGUUCAGGUCGAAAUUAAGCCUAUAUUUCAGCUCUCCAUUAGUGUUAAUGCUACAUUUAAACAUAAAACAACAGGACUCUGCGGGAACUUUAAUGGGGCCCAGUCUGAUGACAUGAAAACGCUAAGUGGUGUUCUGGAGACAUCAGCUUCAUCCUUCAGCAACUCGUGGAAAUCACAGGCUUCAUGCUCUGAUGUCGAUGACAACUUUGAUAACCCUUGCACCAACAGCAUUGACAGAGAACAAUUUGGCACACAUUGGUGCAGCCUUCUUACAAACACCAGUGAAGUAUUUGCAGCAUGUCAUUCAUAUCUUGAACCUCAUUCUUAUUUUAAGCACUGCAUGUAUGACGUGUGCAACUCCGACCAUGCAGAAAAUGCUCUGUGCAUGUGGCUAUCUGCGUAUGUCAUAGACUGCGGACACAGAGGAGUGGAGCUACAGAAUUGGAGAAAUCGAGUUUGCGAUCCUAUAAAGACUUGUCCUGAGACCAUGGUGUUCAGCUACAGCCCAAAGCCCUGCAACAUUAGUUGUGCUUCUUUGUCUGAGCCUGACCCUUUGUGCAAAGUACCCCAUAUUCCAUUAGAGGGCUGUACAUGCCCAGAAGGAACCUUUAUGACACCCAAUGAGAAGUGCGUGAUGCCUGAGAAAUGUCCCUGCAAUUACAAAGGCCGUAGUGUACCCCCCGACGAAGCAAUUAAAGUGGAUGAAAUCCUGUGUAAAUGUGCACGAGGGAAACUCCAUUGUCCUAAAGCUUUUAGUAUGGGAGAUGCAUGUGACCUGCCAAUGUAUUAUUUUGACUGUGAGACUGCCGGCCCAAAUGCAGUUGGAUCAGAGUGCCAGAAAAGUUGUAAGACACAGGACAUGCAGUGUUACAGCAAGGAAUGUGUGUCAGGAUGUGUCUGUCCUAGCGGUUUAGUUUGGAAUGACGACGGCGACUGUAUUUUACCAAGCCAAUGCCCCUGUGUAUAUGAAGGAAAAUUUUAUGAGACAGGAGUGAGCAUUGAUAUACCCUGCAACACAUGCACAUGCAAGAACAGAACCUGGCAUUGUACAGAAAACCUCUGCCCGCAAACUUGCACAGUAUACGGGAAUGGGCACUACUCCACCUUUGAUGGAUCCCGAUUUGACUUCAGUGGGGAAUGUGAUUAUAUCUUAGCCCAGGACUUUUGCCCUGGCAAUGAAAAUGCAGGGAGCUUCCGAAUCAUCACCGAAAAUAUUGUAUGCGGAGAGGCUGAAUCCAUCUGUUCUCUUGGCAUCAAGAUCAUCUUAAAGAAUGCAACAAUCGAACUCUUUGAAGGUCGGGCGGAAGAAUCUAAAAGAGAAUCUAACAAUAGCAAUUUCUAUACGAUAGAUAUAAUUGGACUUUUCAUUGUGUUGAAAACCACUGAUGGUCUCACCUUCAUGUGGGACCAGAAAACCACAGCUAUUGUCCAACUUUCCCAGUCAUUUCAGGGACGCGUUUGUGGACUCUGUGGGAACUUUGAUGGCCUCUCAGUCAAUGACUUUACUUCCUCGUGGCAGUCCUUGGAGGAGAAUGAGAACGUGUUUGCAGACAGCUGGAAAGUGACGCCGAGUUGUAACAGCGGCAUACGGGAAAACACUUGUUUGACAAACCCCUUUAAGUUCCCCUGGGCUCAAAAACACUGCAGCUUAAUUAAAAGUGAAGUCUUUGCUCCCUGUCAUGCAAAGGUUGAUCCGAUCCCAUAUUAUGAUUCCUGUGUCACUGACUCUUGCAGUUGUAAUAAUGGAGGCGAUUGUGAGUGCCUGUGCACCUCUAUAGCAGCCUACGCUUCUGCCUGCAGGAGAAGCAACAUCUGCAUUGCAUGGAGGACUCCAGACAUUUGCCCUGUAUUCUGUGAUUACUAUAACAAGGAUGGAAGGUGUGAAUGGCACUAUCAGCCUUGUGGUGCUCCUUGCCUGGUAACUUGCAGAAAUCCCAUGGGAAAGUGUGAUAAUGAUACCCAGCACCUUGAAGGAUGCUACCCAACAUGUAGUAAUACUCAUCCUUAUUUUGACGAAAACACCAAACACUGUGUCCCAGUUUUGAAUUGUACAACUUGUGUUCCGGAAGAAAAUCUUUGCAAUGAAAGAUCUGCAGAGUGCCUUUGCUGCCACGAGGGAAAGACAUACCGCUUCUUACAGGAGAUCUCUAUAAUCCUGGAGGGAAAAAGCUGUGUGAUUGGAUAUUGUGGCGCUGAUGGAGACAUUAUUUUGACAUCCAACGUCUGUGGUGUCAUUACCACAGUAUCUACACCUGCACGUACAAGUAUUCCAGGUCCUCCUUCUACAGGAAAGAUACCAACCUCUCAAGUCUUGCUUACAAGCAAGGCAACUUCUACCACAUCGGUUCCCAUGAAAACCUCUACUGUGCAUCCUGGGAUUUCAAGAACCAGUGAGAGAACCACCCAUAUUACAACACCUUAUCGGUAUUCAUUAACACAAAGCUUUGUGUCAUUUACUAAUUAUUCCAGAAUAUUAAUUACAACUAAGGGCGUUUCAUCAGCAACUACCUCCUCAUUGGAAAGAAAGAGUACAUCCCCAAAAACACAAAAAACUUACAGCAGAACCAGUGUGCCUAUCCAUAUACCUGUUACUACACAAAAUAUCACACCAACUGCCCCAGCAACAGAAAAGACAUUUACCCUACUUACAACGGCUCCAGCAACAGAAAGGACAUCUACCCUACUUACAACUGUCCCAGAACUAGGAAGCAAAUCUACCCUACUUACAACUGUCCCAGGACUAAGAAGCAAAUCUACCCUACUUACAACUGUCCCAGGACUAAGAAGCAAAUCUACCCUACUUACGACUGUCCCAGGACUAAGAAGCAAAUCUACCCUACUUACAACUGUCCCAGGACUAAGAAGCAAAUCUACCCUACUUACAACUGCCCCAGCUUCAGGAAGUAAAUCUACUCUACUUACAACUGCCCCAGCUUCAGGAAGCAAAUCUACUCUACUUACAACAAUUCCAAAAGUCUCUUCUAAAAGUGCCACUACGCAUGCUAUUUCAUCCAAUGCCACAACACCUUUGAAGACUACAGUAAAGGAACUGAGUGCAAAGACCAAGUUUCCAUCUACAACAACUUUAGUCUCAAAAGAAAGAGAAAAUGUUACACAACUAUUUACAAGAAAAACAUUAACAACUUCAUCACCUCAUGUUACAAUACCAACAGCAGGGACAUUUAAACCAUUUACAUUAAGAGAGAACAUCUUUAGUUUACUACCCAUCUUUGUUAUUUGGUCUCUUAUCCUGAGGUUUCACUGUCUGCCCUGGUUAUCGAGGCCUUCAACUCUACAGAUUCUUUGUCUGCGUCUGUUCCCACUGGCCUACCCGCCUCAGAAACAGCCUCAUGCACACUGUCCUGCUCCGCUGUCAUCAGAAAUUUCUUUAGGAACUUUUGCGACUCGGUUAAUCUGUAGCUCCCGCAUCCAAGUUCGCACAAAACAAGUUAUCAGUUGUAGACCAGUUGUUUCUGUUAGCUUCGAUUGCAGACAUUCCUUUAUCAAUAAUUCCUGUCAUAAAGUCCAGAUUGUUACUCAGUGGUAUCAAUGGCGAUGGGAAAGGGACAUUUAA